UUGAAGACCAGAUGGAGCAGUCAUCCUUGUACUUUUGGGACCUUUUGGAAGGGAGCGAGAAAGCGGUGGUAGGAACCACAUACAAACAUAUGAAAGAUCUGCUGUCUAAAUUGCUGAACUCAGGCUAUUUUGAAAGUAUUCCCAUUCCCAAAAAUGCCAAGGAAAAAGAAGUACCAUCGGAAGAAGAAAAGCUAAUACAAUCAGAGAAGAAAAAACAAUUAUCGAAGACUGAAUCUGUCAAGGAAUCAGAGUCUCUCAUGGAACUUGCACAGCCAGAGAUACAACCGCAGGAGUUUCUUAACAGGCGCUAUAUGACGGAAGUAGAUUAUUCAAACAAACAAGAGGAAGAGCAGUGUUGGGAAGCAGAUUAUGCCGGAAAACCAAAUCUCCCUAAAUGUUGGGAUAUGCUUACUGAUCCCCAGGGUCAGGAGAAGAAACAGGAAUCCUUCAAGUCCUGGGAGUCUCCUGUCAAGCACCAGGAGGUCGCAAAGCCUGCGGUUUCCUUAGAACAGAGGAAACCAGAAAUUUCAAAACUCAGGUCUACUCUGCCAGAAGAGCAGAAGCAGCAGGAGGUCUCCAAAUCCAAGCCACCUCCUGGCCUGUGGAAGCAAGAAACGCCUAAAUCCAAGGCAGGAUACAUUCAAGAGGAGCAGAAGAAGGAGACACCAAAGCCUUGGCCAGUUCAGCUGCAGAAAGAGCAGGAUCCAAAGAAGCAAACUCCAAAGUCUUGGACGCCUGUGCAGAGCGAGCAGAAUAUCACCAAGUCGUGGACUCCUCCCCUGUGUGAAGAGCAGGAUUCAAAACAGCCAGAGAUGCCAAAAUCCUGGGAGAACAGCAUUGAGAGUCAGAAGCACCCCGUGACGCCACAGUCACAGAUUCCUCCAAAGUCCUGGGGAGCAGCUCCAGCAAGCCUGAUACCAAAUGAUCAGCUCCUGCCCAGGAAGUUUAAUGCCGAACCCAAAGAUGUGCCUAAGCCUACGCAUCAACCUGUAGGUUCUUCCUCUACCCUUCCGAAGGAUCCAGUAUUGAGGAAGGAAAAACUGCAGGAUCUGAUGACCCAGAUUCAAGGAACUUGUAACUUUAUGCAAGAGUCUAUUCUGGAUUUUGACAAACCUUCAAGUGCAAUUCCAUCGUCACAGCCGCCUUCAGCUGUUCCAGGUAGCCCCGUAGCAUCUACAGAACAAAAUCUGUCCAGUCAAAGUGAUUUUCUUCAAGAGCCAUUACAGGCUGCGUCUUCUCCAGUUACUUGUAGCUCAAAUGCUUGCUUGGUUCCUACUGAUCAGGCGUCUUCGGGAUCUGAAACCGAGUUAAUGACCUCAGAGACUGCUGAGGCAGCAAUUCCCCCAAGCAAGCAGCCGUCUUCACUAGCUUCUCCAAAUCCUCCCAUGUCAAAGGGCUCUGACCAGGGCUUCCAGUCACCUCCAGGAAGUAGUAGCUCAGUAACCAUUAACACAGCGCCCUUUCAAGCCAUGCAGACAGUAUUUAAUGUUAACGCACCUCUGCCUCCACGGAAAGAACAAGAAAUAAAAGAAUCCCCAUAUUCACCUGGCUACAAUCAAAGUUUUACUACAGCAAGUACACAAACACCACCCCAGUGCCAACUGCCAGCUAUUCAUGUAGAACAAACUGUCCUUUCCCAAGAGACGGCCAAUUUUCAUCCUGAUGGAACUAUUCAAGUAAGCAAUGGUAGCCUUGCCUUUUACCCAGCACAGACGAAUGUAUUUCCCAGACCUACACAGCCAUUUGUCAAUAGUCGGGGAUCUGUUAGAGGAUGUACUCGUGGUGGGAGAUUACUGACCAAUUCCUAUCGGUCCCCUGGUGGUUAUAAAGGUUUUGAUACUUAUAGAGGACUUCCUUCAAUUUCCAGUGGAAAUUAUAGCCAGCUGCAGUUCCAAGCUAGAGAGUAUCCUGGAGCGCCUUAUUCCCAAAGGGACAAUUUCCAGCCGUGUUAUAAGCGAGGAGGGACAUCUGGUGGUCCACGAGCAAACUCAAGAGCAGGGUGGAGUGAUUCUUCUCAGGUGAGCAGCCCAGAAAGAGACAACGAAACCUUUAACAGUGGUGACUCUGGACAAGGAGACUCCCGUAGCAUGACCCCUGUGGAUGUGCCAGUGACCAAUCCAGCAGCCACCGUCCUGCCAGUCCACGUCUACCCCCUGCCUCAGCAGAUGCGAGUUGCCUUCUCAGCAGCCAGAACCUCCAAUCUGGCCCCUGGAACUUUAGACCAACCUAUCGUGUUUGAUCUUCUUCUGAACAACUUAGGAGAAACUUUUGAUCUUCAGCUUGGUAGAUUCAAUUGCCCAGUGAACGGCACUUACGUUUUCAUUUUUCACAUGCUAAAGCUGGCUGUGAAUGUGCCACUGUAUGUCAACCUCAUGAAGAAUGAAGAAGUCUUGGUGUCAGCCUACGCCAAUGACGGUGCUCCAGACCACGAGACCGCUAGCAAUCACGCAAUUCUUCAGCUCUUCCAGGGAGACCAGAUAUGGUUACGUUUGCACAGAGGAGCAAUUUAUGGAAGUAGUUGGAAGUAUUCUACAUUUUCAGGCUAUCUUCUUUAUCAAGAUUGAAAGUCAGUACAGAAUUGACACUCGAAGGAUGAUGUUCUCAUUAGUGGGAUUAAAGGAAAAGUAGUCCUUGCCCUGGUGACUGAUUGGUUUAGGAAAGUAUUUUCAUUCCUAGAGGAAAGAGGAGGUCCUUACUUUUUUGUUUUCCUCCCCAAGGUGAAAAAUUUCAAGCUGAAUGACAAUUAGCACUAAUCUGGCACUUUAUAAAUUGUGAUGUAGCCUUGCUAGUCAAGCUGUGAAUGUAUAUUGUUUGCACUUAAUCCUUAACUGUAUUAACGUUCAGCUUACUAAACUGACUGCCUCAAGUUCAGGCAAGUUACAAUGCCUUGUUGUGCCUCAAUAAAAAAGUUACAUGCAC